AUGGGGGUGAGUAGCAGCGGCUGCAGCUUCUGCCAAGCUUUCACGGUCCCGCAGGGGACGCCGUGCACGGAGUAUGGGACUGAGAUCCUUCCGCCCUCCGAAGCCGAGGUGGGAAAGGGCAACAAGGCCCGUGUCGGGAAUGCGGGGGCGGAGGAGCAGGGCGAGAUCCAUCUGGCCUCGCACAAGGCCCAGCGGACGCUGACUGCAAAUGUUCGGAGCGUCCUUAGGGAAGCCAUGAAGUUGGAUCGGGUUUGCGCCGUCCUUGGCGACAAGGAGGCUGAGGCGAUCCUUUCAGCUAUGGAGUUCUUCGAGUUCCUGCCCGGCGAGGCUGUGGUGGAGCAGGGAACUACCGGGAACACCUUCUUCAUCGCUCAGACUGGCUCGCUGCAGGUGAGCGUCAAUGGCAACGUUUGCAACACCGUCUCCGAAGGCCAAGCCUUCGGGAGUUUGGCACUGUUGUACAACUGCCCGCGGACGGCCACAGUCAAGGCCGUGACGAGAUGCGGUGUCUGGGGCGCAAACGGCGCCGCUGUCCAUGCCGCCCUGAGGGAGAAUGCCCACACGCACCAGAAGGACUACAGAGAAUUUCUGGAUUCCAUUCGGCUCUUCGACGGGCUGACUGACAGUCAAAAGGAGAAAGCCGCCGAGUCGGCGUUCAAAGAGGUUUUCGAGACUGGCGCCAGACUGGACCAUGACAACGGUAUCAAUGCUAUCGGAGUUCUGACAUCAGCCUUGCUCGAGGUCACCGCCGGUGAAGACUUUGCUGCAAUCUACUUCGUCAAGAAGGGCGAACUUCGCGUGAUGCGAGGUGGUAAAGUCAUGACCGACGGCACUUUCGUGGACGGCCAGGUUCUUGCAACGCUGGGUCCUGGUACCUCCCUUGGGGAAGCACUGCUCUCUGGUGUUAACGCCCGGUGGGAGAACACCGUGGUUGCCUCCAGCAGCUCAGAGGUCCUUUGCAUUUCGGUGCCGGAGCUUAAGAGUCUUCUGGGGGAAGAUCUGGGUCGCGUCUUAGAGAACGGCCUGGUCCUGAAGGCGAUGCAGGAAAGUGCAGUGCUCUCCCAGUUCUCCUCUGGCCAGCGCAGCGAGAUCUCAAAGUGGAUCACGGUGCGGACAUACGCGGUCGGUGCCAAGGUUGAAGACCAUGCAGGCUUCCUGGUUGUCGUCAAAGGCCAAAUCAAAGGAAAGUGGCAAGGCGAAUCGAAGACACUGGAGCAGGGAGACUGGCUAGAGGAUGGCGGCAUCCUCGAACGCUCCGAAUUGAAAAGCGACCUCCAGGACAUGAUGGCUGGCCCAGAGGGCGCCCGAGUCGCCUCGCUCAGCAAGGGGGGCCUCUCCACAGCCUUGGAGAAGUUGGGGCUAGCUGCCGUCGCAUCCGGUGAGGAGGUGUCGGACCUGGCGAAGAAGAUGCUGAUGGUGAGGACAGUCAUCCCCGGGACGUUGGGGGAAGAGCACGCCGGUAAGCUGGUCCGAUCUUUCGUGCUCCAGCACCACCGAAAAGGAGCACAGGUGAUCAAGCAAGGCGAGGUCGGGUCGUCCUUCUUCGUGAUUGUCAGCGGGGAGGUCAACGUCACGAUUGACGGCAAGUUCAUCCGAGUCAUGUCUAAGAACUCCUACAUUGGGGAGAGAGCGCUGCUCUUCGACGAACCACGUACAGCCACGGUGGAGGUGGUCUCCAGCGAGGCGGAGUUCUGGUCCAUUGAGAAGCACACCUUCACACAGAUCGUGAAGGGGAAGAUGCAAGCAGAGCUGAUGCACCGGAUCCGGCUUCAAGACUCAUCUUUCGGUCUCAAGGACCUGAGCCAAGUCUCCGUCAUCGGGGCAGGAGCCGCGGGUGUCGUCCGCCUGGUGAUCAACAAGGGCACCGGGACCAGGUAUGCGCUGAAGCGCAUUCGGAAGCAGGGUGGCAAAGUCCCCGAAGAGGUGAACCGCGAAUGCGGACUUCUGAAAGGCCUUGACCACCCGUUCAUCAUGGCGCUGGUGAAGACGUUCGAAACUGAUAGGAGUGUGUACAUCCUCACGGAGCUCAUCACUGGUGGGGAGCUGCACGGCGCCAUCCGGGAGAUCCCCACGGUCCUUUCCAGGGCGCAGGCGCAGUUCUACACCGGAUCGCUCGUGAUUGUCCUGGAGGAGCUGUCAGAGCAGAGAAUCGUCUACCGGGACCUGAAACCGGAGAACGUCAUGCUCGAUUCCCAAGGAUAUCUGAAGCUGAUCGACUUCGGCAUCGCGAAGAAGAUGGCUGAAGGAGAGACACGCACCUUCACGAUGAUCGGAACGCCGCACUACAUGGCUCCGGAGGUCAUGAGAGGCCACGGCUAUGGGACGGAGGCGGACCUCUGGUCUUUGGGCAUCAUGCUCUUUGAGUUCGUAUGUGGCUACCUGCCUUAUGCAGAUGAGCUGGAUGACCCAACAGAAGUCUGCACUUCAGUACUCAAGGAUCCCCUCGUCUUCCCGCAGCGUUUUAAGGACGCCGCUGCCCGGACCUUGAUACAAGGGCUUCUGAACCGGCAGCAGAAGAAGCGGCUUGGGGUGGGCUUUCGGGCCUGGGAGGACAUCAAAAGUGCGGACUUCUUCACACUCGGCCAUGACGAGGUGUCUCUUUUUGACAAAAUCCUGGGCCGCGACCUGGAUCCUCCUGUCCAUCCACACGGGGAGACGUAUUGUGAUCCUUCCGAGCUGAACGUCACUCUGAGCGAUAAUGAUGAGUUGGGUUAG